AUGGCGCCUCUUAAGGUAACACGUACCAAUUCUUGGACAGAAAUGAACGUUUUCCGAUUGAUUGUACAAGCCUUAGUGUGGAUUUCCCAAAAUUCACAGAUCUUUCUUCAACCUUGCGUUUAUAUUCCUGUGUGUGAUGCGAUCUUUGCCCGCAUCAUUUAUCUGGUUGGAAAAGGAAGUGAACUUUGGCGGAAUAUUCUCUUGGAAAACGAUGAUUCUAGCCCGUCAGAGUCUCGAGAUGGUCAGACAAAGAACUCCUUUACAUUAAACGAUAGUGAAAGCAUGAAUUCUGGAGUAUCAAAAGCUGAUUCUGCGCUUGAAAGCGACCUAGUGAAGCCUGCCGAACGCAGCUCCCAUGUUUAUGUGCGUCCGUCCGACUUCCGAAACAAAUUGUCUCCGUUUAGAAUCCAAGACUUUAUCACGCUCCUAAGUGACCGUGGACGCAAGAACACGAACAUAGCUGCAGGAAAAGACGAAGCUGGUGACAUUGCGGCGGGAUUAAACUCUUCAUCAUUCUGGGAUGCUGUCAAAUCGGGGAUUUCUUCGAAAGGAGGAAUACGAGAGCGUGUUGGCGAAGCAGAUGCCAACCUACAUGUCCCAUGGACUGGAAAGGAAACCAUGAAAAUUCCUAAGGAGCAUGACUGGGUUGUGGCCCAGGAAGAAAAUCUGACACUGAAAACAUCAUCUUGUGAUAAUGUCAUUGUGGGUUUACUAACCAGAGAACCAGCAGAUACAGGAAGCACUCAGAAUAAAACAAAUGCUUCAAGUAAGAAUGAAAAUCAGACACCUCCAGAUAGAGUUAAACCUUCCCCACAGGCGGAGGGUGGCAAUGGGAGCAUCAGCUACUCAGGUGGCAGUAGUGGUAGUGGAGGAGAUGAUGGAGAUGGUGAUGAUAACAGGAAGCAGACUGGUCGCAUUGGUGGCUGUCAAGGUAGUAGCUGUAGUGACAUGGACAAUGAGGACAAAAGUGAGCAUGUGCCCAAGGAACAGGGUCAGGAAAAUGAUGGUGAUAAUGGUAGUCAUGGUUCCUGCAACAAUGAGGAGGAUUGUAGCGAAUUUCACAGAACUGAUGACAGUUGGAGAGAUGGUGUACAGUCUGGUCCACAGUCCUCAAGUAGCUGCAGCACAAUGCCUGGUAAAAGUGUUGAAUCAUCUACACAGAAAAAUGACAAACGUUCAUGUUCUGACAAUGCCAAGAAAGCUGCUCAACAGGACCUGCGGAUUGAUGUUACUGCAGCUGAGAUGGAAGCUCACUCACAUUUCUUACCCAUUGAGUCACAGGAUGAAUCAGAGGAAAUCUGCAGGAGUGAAUCAGAUGAAGACCUGCAGAAAGCCUUUACCUGUCGGCGAAACUUGAAUUCUGAGAGAGAGUGGCAGAAAUGUACUGAUGCCUUCUGUCAGCUAAUCCAAUACUUGCUUGACCACUCGCAAAACUGCAGAAUGCGUGUGUUGGGUGGAUGUGAAGACUGCAUCAGUUAUAAGGAUAUGCUGUGGAACCAUGUUUCAAAGUGCAUUCUUCCUCUAGGACGAUGUGUAGUUGCAAGGUGUGAUUACAUCAGGGAGUACAUGCGUACAAACUGCCUUCCAGAUAACAGGAAAUGGACAUGGGCCCUUGAUCAGUUGUUCUUCAGACCCACACCCCCCUCAACACCCACAAAUGAAGACAGUGAAGAGUUCCUGGGUGGUUAUAAGGAAGUUUUGACAAGACUGGAAGCUGCAAACGCCCAAGAAGACACAGUUCAUGAUCCAGUUAAAGACAUCCUAAUUGCUGAUAGAAGCUUGACAUCUAACUGUGAACCCUUGCGAAGUGCAAAUGGAUGGAAUCAGUACCAUGUGGACCGCCCACCAGAUGUCCAAGUUACCAGAGGUCCUGUUAUCCAGGAAUCCAUCCAGGCUGAAUGUGAAGACUGUUCACCAAGUGCCCCAUUGAGUGUGGCUGAUGUGUCUGUGACAAAUACUUGUACAAGCCAGACUGUGGGAAGUGAUUUGGUGCAGGAACUAGGAGAGGUCAUUUGGCCCUUGAACCAGGAGAAGUUGGGUGUUGGUGAGAAUGGGUCUUACAUUGAGAAAACCCAUUGGCAAGUCAUUCAUUCAAUUGGAGGGGGCUCUUGUGGCCGUUGUUAUCUUUGCCGUGAUUUGUCAAUCCAAUCUCUUUUUGCCAUCAAAAAGAUUCCCAUCGGCAAGUUUGAAAGUAAUGAAAUUGAAAUUUGGGGAGGGCUGUCUGGACGACAUCCAAACAUUUUGGAAUUGUAUGGUGCCAUGAAAUACAGACAGAGUGGCACAGUGAUUAUAUUCAUGGAAUAUAUGAGUGGUGGCUCUGUUGAAGAGUAUGCUGGACAAAUGGAGCACAAUGAGAUCUGGGCAAUCCAUGUCCUUGGAAAAGUUCUGUCUGCAGUAGACUUUAUGCACUUUCAAGGAAUACUGCAUCGUGAUAUAAAGGGUGGUAAUGUUCUUGUGGAUGAGACCGGUCAACAUGUGAAACUUGCUGACUUUGGAACAAGCAUCAGAUGUGAGAGCUUUCUUCAGGAUAACAUCCCAAGAGGCACAGAACCUUUCAUGUCCCCAGAGAUGUGUCGGAGUGAAUGCCACUCUUUUAGUACAGAUAUUUGGAGUAUCAUGUGCCUGCUUUACCAACUGCUGGCAGGACGUCCACCUUGGGUAGAUUCAUGUCAUGGUUCACUGAUCUAUAGGAUUGGUACGGCUAAGGAACCACCAUUUUCUCCUCCAUGCAGCCCAGAGGUUGAGGACCUCUUCAGCCAGGGCUUCAUUCUAAAGCCAGCUGAUCGUAAGACUGCAAGGCAGCUGCUGAGACAUCCAGCAAUAAUGGCAGUUUCAGCUCCAGAUACAUCAGAUUUUCUCCUUCCAACCUGGGGGGACACAGAGCAAUAUUCUGAUGGUGCUUCCAGCAUUAGCUCUUUUUCAAGUAAUGUAUUGAAGUCCAUUGUGUCAGAAAUGUCUGCGGACCAGCUACUGUGUGAUGAUUGUGCCUCAGAUCUGGAGGGUGAUGAUGCAAACUUCAGUGACUGUUAUGAUGAUGGCACUGAUGAUGAUGAUGAUGAUAAUGAUGAUGAUGAUUUGGCAGAGACGGAUGAUUUUCAAGUGGAUGGGUUAAUCUUCCCCCCUAAUGGACCUUGGCUGGGUGCUGAUCUCUCUGUCGAGCAACAGUUUCGAUCACUUCAAAGUGAUUUGGUUCUCAGUCUUUCGGCUGAUGAGUUAGAAAGACAUGUGCUUUCCAAUUUGGUUACUGAUGUAAGUGAAAAUGAUGUGAACCAGCUGAGAGAUGACAAUUUUGAUGUCAGCCAAGUUUUAGGGUUAAAUCACCUCGAAAUACAAAGUAUCGAUGAUCUGCCCCCAUCAAGUAUGCCCAAUGAUUGGUCGUAUUCCAUCACAGAUCUCGCAAAGAUUCAAAUCACAGACAACAGUGGAAAAUGGCUGUUUUCAAUCCGUGAGAGACCCACCACAGCUUAUGGACGUCUUGCUGAAGACCUUCACGGCAUUAUUGCAACCCGGCUCAAUUUGAACUUCUUUUCGUUAACUCGAGAGGAUGGAGCCCCAUUGAACGUCCGCGCAGAGAUUGGCCGUGAAGAGCAAACAUUAAGGGUGGUGCGUGCGCAUGACAAUGACCAGUGGCAGGAAUACCGCUGGAGAGUGGAUGAUCGCGGUCGUGUGGAGGAGUUUUUCGAUUUAGGGAAUAACUGAUAUCAUCAUUCAGUAAAGUGGCUGAAGUAACUGACGUUCAGGAUAAUUGAGUUAAAGAGUGGAAAAAAAAGUUAAAAGCGAAGUAGUUUUUUAUGAUCAUUUUCAGUAACAGUAGUGAACAACGUUUAGAAUUAAAUUUUAUUUUUGUGUCUUUAGGAGAUAAGUAGGUCAUAAGCUAUAAAUUUAAAUUAAACUCCAGAUAUGUUAAACAUAGAAGAGUGUAAAACGUACAGCGUUAGUAACCAGAUACGAUGGUAAAAAAUAGACUUGUCUAACAGGUUGUAAAAGGUCGUAUUAUAUUUUAGUAAGGUAAAUUAAGUAGAGCUGAACAAAAAAUAAGUCAAGUCAACCGAAUACGGUUCAAUAGUUUGUUAAGGUUUUGGCUUCUGAUUACUUUUUGAUCAAGUUUAUAGUCUUCAAUAAACACACCGUAAUAGCUA